AUUAGGUAACGUUAGUAAAUAAACUGAUACAUAAACAAACAGAAAUGUUAAUCGUUACUUUUUUUGUCGGUAAUUAACGUGGUGGACACUUCAAAUCUAGCAUCGAUGAAAACUUAAAAUAUAGCGUUCAGGCUUUAAGUUAUCCGUGAUGUGGUCAACAGACCUAGACAAGAUCAUUACAAACACCAUCGCUUGACUUUGCUACUUGUAUUCAAACGCUGACCUGGCAAGAUCAUAUGAUUCUCACACUAAACCCCUUUUGCCACGUGUGUCUUCCCCUCUAUUUAAACAAGUACACGAUCACAUUACUCAUACACCACCAUACCAUAAUGGAGAACCACGGGAGAGCCAUAAUAAACUCCAGCGAUCAGCCGCCGGAGUUUGAGUUCGGAUCUUUGACUCCAUCAUCUCCAUCACAAGACUCAGAAAAUUCUCCCGCCGAUCACCUCUUCUUCAACGGCCGUCUCUUGCCACACGUUUUUCCAGCACCGAACAAUAACACCAGGUGGUCAAUCUCACGUACAACCAGCGAACACAUCUCCCGGAGCACUAGCACGAACAGCCGGAGUAGUUUCGGUAGUAGUAGUAAUAGCAGCUCAACUUCUAAUUACUCUCCCAGAACGAGCAGUUUCAACGGUAACAACAUCAGUACCAUAAACCACAGGCCUUUGGAUUUGAAGCCUACGACUAGUAUAUACGGCGAAACCGUAAAUACGACGAAUAUGGUGAAAACGUCUCUAUACAGGUCGUAUUCAUCACAGCGGUGGCAAUAUAUAACUCCUGCACCGGUGAAAAGAAGUGGAGGGAUAAGAGUCGGUGGCCGGAAGAAGAAGAAGGCGGCGAGGAUUAGGAAGAAGGCGGAAGAGAGAAGAGGGAGUAGGGUGAUGAAGUGGUGGAGAAGGAUUUUAAUGGCGGCGAUUUUUGCUUGUAGAGAGUGCCAUGCAUUGGAGGGAGCCUAAGAAAGACUUGAACGUGUUCAUGGAAAACAAAGUAUAUUGAAACGUUCAAAAUUUAAAUUAUGUAUUGGGAUUGUUGGUUUUCAAGAUUGUGUAUCUAAUAUUUUGGUUUUAUAACACUAAUUAUAAUUUUUAAACAAAACUACAAUCUAUCUUUUACGUAUUUAUAAUUUAUAAUGUAAACUAUAGUAAAAUAUCUAUAAGUGUAAAUUAUAAGUUACACUUGUUGUCUUCUAACAAAAAGGUGUUUUAAAAUCAUAUAUCAUUUUUUUUAACGCUGAAUAAUUAUGCUAUUAACUAUGAGAAAUAUUACAGACGACUUUACAAACCG